AGCUGGAGACAGUGACCAGGUCACAGUCUGUUGCCUUGUUUGAAGAUCACCCCUGUCUUGUUAUAUUGCCUGUCUCGGCACACAGAUGGGUUACCCUAAGCUGUUUAAUAUGUUUAUCUUUGAUAUCAGUGGAUAACAGCCGACGGACAGAUGACGGGGAAGGUGCAGCUGUGGAGGUCGUCUCUAUGUGGACACAACACUGGAUACCCGCACCACCCAGGCCAUAUGAACACUGGGGUGAAGACGCUGUUGGUGCUGGUCACCUUCUGGAUGACGUGUCUUGUCUGGUAUCUAUGUAAACAAGGACAUAUUUCCAUUGAGAUCCACAGCAGCCAUCAGAAAGGGAAAGAUCUGACGUUCUUUGCUAGCGUCAUCAUGCAGCAACAUUACAACGACGGCAAACUUAUUAUAGACGCUUCAGAUUUAGUCGGCCGCAUUGACCACCCUGACGUCACACCGCCGCACGAUGUCAGAGAUGACGUUGGCAGAGACGACCACCCAGACAUCACAGCCCCACCCAGUAACGAUGGCAACGAUGCCGUAGAUCAAAGGUUGAAGUAAGACGGGGAACGAUUGUGGUCAUAGUUCUAUCUGAACCAUCAAUAUUCUCAGACACGAAGUCAGGGCACGUGACAGUCGAGUAAGGAAUUUGCGAGCCUGUUUAACACGAGACAACCCAGACAAACAAUUGGCAUGAUGUUGGCGAUAACGUGUGAAAGUUCGAAACUCGUGAACAGUAUUGGUUUUGACACACCACUGUUGUGCAUGCCCACAACACGCAUUGAAGACGCCAGGAGGAAACCCAAGCUGAAUUCGGUUCAAUAUUGUACAGUGUGUAUAAUCUGUUCAGCAUCUUCAAUGGAGUGAGUGAGUGAGUUUAGUUUUACACCGCACUCAGCAAUAUUCCAGCUAUAUGGCAGCGGUC